AUGACCAUAUCUAUACCUCCUCUUCGUAACAUUUUCUCUGGCUACAUUAUAUUUUUCCUUUUCUCUUGCUUAUUACAUGUAGCCCCUUCGUUGCAAUUGUCAGUUCCAGAAGUGUUUUCUCCAUAUGACCAUGUACUGGAAGACCGCUGGAUUGUAAUUAUGAAAUCUUCUACAUGCAUUUCUCAGAUGAAAGAAAUGAUGACCGACAUUGUUGAGAACGGAGGAUGCAUUCAAUCGGUCAUCAACAACGAAGGCGCUUCUAGCGAUUAUGGAGAUAUCUUAUACGUGCAGAUUAACAAAAUCAAAAUGGAACGAAUUAGCGAAAAGUAUCGUGAUCUGAUUUAUUUUUCUGAAUGCGAAUUCGUAUGUAACGCCAGAAGACAUGCUGGAGCAUCCUCGCCCACUUUGAAGAACCACGCAUCACCACUUGGCUUUGCUGGUAUGUUCGAACCUUCUGCUAAACCUGAGAAAGUUGCAUCUUGGAAAAACCGAUUUACAAAUACUCAAUGCAAAAGACAGAUGUACCCAUCCUACAACUUGGAUAGGAUCGACCAAAAGUAUCUACCGUUAGAUCAUAAAUAUUCCUACACCCUAGAUGGUUCAGGCGUUCACGUAUAUGUAUUCGAUGGUGGCGUUUCCACGACCCACGAAGAAUUCGAAAACAGAGCCGACACGUGCUUUUCCGUAUUCGAUAAACCUACGUCUAGAGAAGCAAAGCUUCAUGGCACCCAUGUAGCUGGAGUGAUUGGCUCUAAAAGCUAUGGCGUUGCAAAAAAUGUUUAUAUUCACAGUAUCGAAAUCCUGGAUUUGGACGGAGAUGGAAGAUCGUUUAAUUUGCUAAAGAGCAUCAUUUGGCUUGAGAAAAACAGAAAGCUUCCGGCUGUAGCUCACCUUUCAUUAGGUAGCGCCCGAUCUCAUCUUGUGAAUUUUUGCAUGGACCGCUUAAUGGCUUCUGGUAUGACGGUGGUAACAGCAGCAGGAAACGACUAUUUAGAUGCGUGUAACGGAUCGCCAUCGAGUAAUUUGGAUGUGAUUUCAGUCGGUUCCGUUGAUUCUAUGGAUCAUCUGUCUCCUUAUUCAAAUUGGGGCCAUUGUGUGACUAUUUAUGCGCCUGGAGAAAAAAUUCUGUCGUUGAAUGCGAUGGGAGAUUCUUCUCUUGGAUAUGAUUCUGGAACAUCCAUGGCUGCACCACAUGUGACGGGAGUAGUUGCCCAAAUUUUACAAAUGUACCCAGAUUUAUCUCAUUCAGAAGUUAAGGCCAUAUUGCUAAACAUAGCAACGCCCAAAAGUGUUUUGGAACCAACGAGAACAGCGCCUUUGCUAAGGGUAUAUGAUCCAUAUAGGCCAGCAUGUGAAGAAUCGCGAAACUAUGCACAAUUGGAAUCGGACGUGCAGUCAACUUAUUAUGUGUAUGGAAAUAUAUGGCUUUUUAGUUGGCUUUUUUUUUUUGUAAUAUUUGAGCAUUUACAAUAA